UGGGAGCAGCGCGGACGGAACGGGCCCGGCCGGGACGGGGCGGCACGGAGAGAGGCCAUGGCUCCUGCCGCCGUGCAGCCGCCCGAGAUCCAGUUCGCGCAGCGGCUGGCCGCUAACGAGAAGCGCAUCCGGGACCGCGCGCUGAAAAAGCUGCGGGGGUACAUCAACCUCCGGACUCAGCGACCGGACGGUGGCUUCAGCCAGGAAGAACUGCUGAAAAUAUGGAAAGGCCUGUUCUAUUGUGUAUGGAUGCAGGAUAAACCUCUGCUACAGGAGGAACUUGUAGGCAAUAUCUCACAGCUUAUCCAUGUUAUUCAGAAUACAGAGGCUCGAAACCUGUUCAUUCAGACAUUUUGGCAAACUAUGAACCGUGAAUGGAACGGGAUAGACCAUCUGCGCCUGGAUAAGUACUAUAUGCUGAUGCGUGUGAUGUUGAAGCAAUCUUUUGAAGUGCUGAAGAGAAGUGAAUGGGAUGAAAGUCUAAUUGAACUAUUCCUGCAGCUGCUAAUGAAGGAAGUUAUGGACCCAGACAGCAAUGCUCCCAUUGGCAUAAAGUUACAUUUCAUUGAUAUCUAUCUGGAUGAAUUGGCUAAAGUUGGUGCAAAGGAGCUCACAGCCGACCAAAAUCUCAAGUUCAUUGAACCUUUCUGCAAAAUUGCUGCCAAAUCAAAGGAUCGAUGUGUGCUGCAUGCCAUAGUCACUGGUAUCUUUGAGAUGAUUGUGGAUCAGUCUCCCUACGCCAUUGAGGACCUCAUGAAAGAACUGGGUAGCAACAGUGAUGAGGAGGAUGUGUCUGAAGAGGAUAAACAGGAAAAUGAAGGAGUGCUUAACACCAAAGCAGACAGAUGUUUGUCAAGAAAAUCAGCACAGAGCUCUGAAAAAACAGAGGAUGUUUCUGAAAAUGAUGACGAUGAAGGUAUCGGGACUGUUCUUCAGUUUGAUUAUAAGGCUGUUGCUGAGACACUCUUCGAACUAGCGAGCAAGAAAAAUACACCUUCCCUUAACAGAAAACGUCUGUACAGGCUGAUCAAAAAGUUUGAGGACUUAGAACAAGGAAUCUUCCCCCAAGAUAUUCCUGAAGAUGUUUCUACAGAUGAAGAUGACGAUGAAUUCAGCAGAAGGCGGCGAAAGAAAAAAGCUAUCAAGCCUUGGGAGAAAAACGAGUUAGAAAAAGUAAAAGAUUUAGAGGGUGAACAAGAGAUGUCAAAUCUGAAGGAGACAUCAGUUUCCCAGAAGAAAAGGAAAAAAAGGAGGAAGAGGGACAGCCCAAGCGCGGAUUCUGGAACAGCUGAUGGAAAUUGUGAGGAGGGAAUAGCUGAAACAUCUGGAGCUAAUGUUUUAAGCCAAGGAAAGGUGCCAGAAAAUAACACAGAAAGGAAGAAAAAUAAAUUGUUAGUAAAUGAGACAAAUGAGACCACAAGCGUAGCAACUACCACCAGAGAAAAUCACAGUAUCUCAGUGCAGAAGAGUCCAACUGAUGCAGAACAGAGUAAAAAGAGUCAGUUGAAGAAAAUUAAUCCAAAAUUGCAAAAUAUUCCCACAAAACCAGAGUGUCAGAAUGGACCAGCUAAUGCCAGUGAAGCAGAGGAUGUCCACCCAUCUGUGACACCGUUAACUCCAAAGACUGUGAAAAAGAAACAGAAAGCAGGGGCUGUCUUGGUGAAUGGGGAUCCCUUUUUGCAGCAAACCGACGUGAAAUCCAGCAAGGAAGGAUUGUUGGGGAGUCUGUCAGGAGAUGCAGACUCUGCAUCUACAUCCUCCAGAAAGGUCAGAUUGAAGACAAAGACAAAGCCACUUGGUUUGGAAGGAAUGAAAGUCUCGAGCCAGAAAACAACAACCUUGAAAAAGAAGAGGAAAGUAAAAGAGAUGCUAAACUCUAUUGAAGCCAAUGGGGUUCCAGAGACUGCAUGCAAGAAAAGCAAGAAAGGGGAAAGCAGCACUGCUCUGUCACCAUUGAAGAAAAAGAAAGCAAAACCAGGAAAUGAUUUUGUAAAAUUUGAAAAAUCAACUUUGCCAAAGCCAGUAUUCUUCAGGAAAGCCAGAAGCACCAUCUCUUCCACCGGGGCAUCCAUGCAGAUGAACAAGCUGCAGUCGUCCAGCUCCAAAAAAGUCACAUUUGGCUUGAAUAAAAACAUGACUGCCGAAUUUAAAAAGACCGACAAAAGUAUAUUAGUCAGCCCAGAAGGACCAUCCCGUGUGGCUUUCAAUCCUGAACAGAAACCCCGUCAUGGGGUGCUGAAAUCACCCGCAGGUACCCCAUCAGGAGAGGUCCAAAUGAAGAAACCAUUUACUAUAUCAGCUAAGAAGAAACCAACAGCUACGAACUUGUUUUAAACGAACAGAUGUGACCUACUUUUGUACAGGACAUUUUGCUAACUUAGAAUGUUUCUCUGGAGGUAUUUUGAACUUCCUUAUUUUUUUAAGUUAAUAUGAAUUGUAAAUACAAAAUUUGGAUUGUGACCUGGGACAUGGCUGUUUUGACACCACUUCAGCUGUAUCUUGAAAUACUUGUUUUAUCUAUUUACAGAAAAGAAACAAAAUCCAGUCUCUGCUCAGGUUUGGUCUGCAAAACAUAAAGUCUUUGCCCAUGUCAUUCCCAAGAGACUUGUUCAUUUAGUUAAAGAAUGUUCAGGGUUUGAUUGUUCUGGUGAUUUUUUUUUUUUGGAGCCAAUUUAAGAAAACUUGCACUUCAUGCUGUUAAUCUGUCUUUCACUGGACAAGGCUUAAAAUGCAGAUGAUGUGGAUUUUAAACCUACUAGUUGCUCAUGUAUUUUAAAUUUUCACACCAUCCUUGUCCCCGUGUCACCCUUGGCAUUCUAUUAAUACCACUUCUGGAAGUAAUGAUUACCUCACAUUAUCUGUUUAAUAACAGCUGGACUUGGGUAGCUUCACAGACAGAUAGUAAGCAAGGUUUCCCUGGGAUAAGGAAUGUCUAGCUGCUCAGCUGGUCACUGUUGCAAAUAAACCUGGUCACAGCUGGUGCCCUGCAGAGUUAGGAACAGUCACCACAUUAUUUUCAGUAACACAAGUGCCAAAGCCAGUUUACGCUCAUCAUAUCGUAAACUGGUUUCUUCUCUUUACUGUAACUGAAGUAAUGCUCUCAUGUGGGAGAAAUCAUGGAUAUUUCCAGGUCUUUCCCUCACCCCCACUGCUGUCCUUCCUCAAGGUCUGUCAAGACUCCUAGUUAUCUUCUUUAGCAGUUGAUGUCACCACAUUUUACCAGAACUUGGAUCUCAUUUAGUGAAUGAAUCUCUGAUUGUCCUAAAGUGAGCUAGAUUGGUUUAACACAUGUUAGGACACACAUCUCUCCAUAAAACCUUUGGUGCCUCUCAAGACAGCAUAAAACUUUACAACCCAGACAUCUUGGUUUUGCUUUUGAUGUAGAACCACAAGAACUCUUUCUGCAGCAUUUCCUUGUGUUAUGGUUUGUUUGGGGUAUUUUAUUACUACUCUGCAUGUUUUCUUUUUGGUUUGCUUGUUUGGUAAAGAACGAGGUGUACUUCUGCAAGAGACCAUUAAUGUAUUCUGAGGGGGGAACUAUGAGGAAGGGGGGAGCAAACAAAAAUAAAAACUUUUUUUGUAUAUGGCUGGAAGAUUUGAAAUCUGUCUUCAGAAGUUUUGCUUAUGUGAAUGUGGCAAGGGCUUUGCAGCAGAUCUCAGAGCUCAGCUUCAAAGCACAACCCGGUACCAAAGCAAAGCUGUUCAUGAAGCUUCCUACUAGUGAUUCUGUGAUCCUGUAAGGGAGAGAGAUAGGACUGCUUCCUUACCUUGCCUUGUAAACAUUUGGCUACUUCAGCCAGCAAAGUUAAGUUUUGUUAAAUAAUUGCAUACUUCAGUUGUACUUUUUACCGUUUUUUGAUGCCAACUGUCCUCUGCCAGGUCACUCACUGUCAUCUGGAUUGGGACUGCCUUUCAUAGCUCAUCUAGAAGUUCUUUGAUACACUUGUGUGCUUGCAGAUUGCUGGUUGGUCUCAGUUGCUCAGUUCUACUCCAUGCCACUUCUUGCACUGAGUUUGUGACCAUCCAAGGUUUGUGGUACUGCCAGGAAGUCAUUUUGCUCUUGUCUUUUCUGAUUUAAUUUGAUAUUGAUUUGGCUGAUCAGUAAGGAAAUCUGGAGAAUACAUCUGUUAAAGCCCAUAACAUUUGCUGUUUGAGCAAUUGUUAUUUGUUUGUUUUUAAAAGAAAUUAUCUCGUUGUAUAUUAGCAUCAUGCGUUUUCUUGACCAGAAGAUGGUAAGUAGGAUUUAACAAAGACUGUUGAUAUGUUGUAUUGUUUGUCUUGUACUGUGGUUGAGAAGUCUUUUGUGGAAUAUGCAUAAAAGCAUUUGUAUGUGCAUGGUUGUUAAGGCAUUAGGUUAAAGAUGCUGUAUUCCUCUGAGGAUAUAACUGCAAACAAUCAGUAGGUGGAUCUGGUGUGCACAGAAAAAUCCUGGAUCGGGACACAGUGGGGUUUGGUUUGUUUUUAAUGUUUGGUUUAAAAAUCCCUAUGGAAAUGUAUUUAAAUGGUUGUCUGGAUCUUUUUAUAUUGGUUUUGUAUCAAUUGGACCUGUUCCUUGUCCAAAUAUUUCAUUGCCCACAGUGCUAAAUGGAGAGGGCAGAAACGGCAGUUAGGUUUUUAUCUAGAAUUUUAAUGAUACGAUUGACUGUUGGGAUUCAUGCAUAAUCCAUCCAUGCCAUGAAAGUAAUGAAAUGUUUUAUAAGUAGAUGUUUGUGGUGUGUAUUGUCUUCAGUGGCAUCUGGAGUUUCAUUCAGGAUAUUUAACAAAUACCAAGCAUUGUCAAUACAGUUUAAUUGACAUUGCAGGGUUAAAUCAAAUAUACUGCCCAAAAUAUUUGGGUAGUGAAAGUUCUGAUAAACAUUGAAGCAAAAAAAAAAAACCUAAAAGGGGAAAAAUAAAUGUAAGAUCUGGGGUAUCUGCUGCACAGAGACAAGGAGAGAUGCAUCUAGAGGAAAAGAGAAAAGAAAAAUUAAUGUGACCUGUUUGAUGUCGCUUCAUAAGUUUUUCUGUAGUGUCAUUCCAUCUCUGCAGCUGCCAAUCAUGUCUUUGAGUCAAACUAAGUUAAUGUGGCACACCUUUUAAAGUACAGUAUCUUGCAAUGGUUGUCUCCACGUUUGUGUUAAAAAUCUGAUCAGCUUUGUCCUUCUCCAUCUUUAAUAUGUCAUAAUUCUUUAUAGCUUCAAGAGAACUCAAAAGCACAAAAUUCAUUCAGCAAGGCAAAAAGUUGAAAUAUUGAAGUUAUUGGGUAUGUCAGAUCUUUUAUAAUCUAUCAAAGCUGUGCAUCUUGGAAAGCAUCAAAUGGCCUUUUGUCAUUUUUAUAUCCUGUGCUUCAACUUAUAGACAGGAAAAAAAACCACAGCAUGUGUCAUUUUAUGUACUUCUGCAACAGCAUUGUGAAUAUAGAUCCAGUGUCUAAAGCAUCACAUCACUUAUUCUAGUCCAA